AUGAAUCAACAACUAAAAAUUGCAGAAGCAUGGAAAAAAGGGGACAAAGAUAAAGUUCUUAAAUUACAAGAGGAAUUAGUAAAAUCAACAAUGACUAUUCUUAUGGCUAUAAAUUCUGUUAUGUCUAAUCGUGGAGGUAAAACACCUGGAAUAGAUAAGAAACUUUAUGAUAAUUAUACUGACCUAUUAUUAUUAGUAGAUGAGUUAAGAGAAUUAGAUUCUUAUAAAGCAACUCCUGUAAAAAGAAUUUACAUUCCAAAAUCAAAUGGUAAACUUAGACCUUUAGGUAUCCCUACCAUUAAAGAUAGAUGUGUACAAGAAUUGUAUCGGUUAGCUUUGCUACCUAUUAGUGAAGUUAAUGCAGAUUACAAUUCAUUUGGUUUUCGUCCUGGGAAAUCCCAACGAGACGCUAUUACAGCUGCUGUUUAUUCUUUAAUGCCUUAUUCCGAAAAGGGAAAAGUUUAUCCUAGAUUUGUUCUUGAUGCGGAUGUCAAAGGUUACUUUGACAAUAUAUCCCAUGAUUGA